CUAAUCUCAAGAUCCAUCCGGGCUCCAAACAUGGGCUCGUGAAGAGAAAAUAACCGCACAUGGCCUUGUCCACCUCUCACCCCGUCGCAUCUUAUCCAUCUGAUCCAUCUGAUAGAGCAGGCCACAAUGAGCCCCCCCCGUGCAAAUUACCUAACCGGGCCAGCUCUAGCUCCCGGGCUCCCUGCAUAAUCAGGCCAAGGGUGCGUUGCCGUGGUUGUCUGACGCUCUGCAUAUAUGUGUGCAUGAAGUAGAGGGAGCGUCUACACUCGUUUCCGUCUUGCAGUUCUCAUGCUUCUCCCGCAAUGCUUCUCCCGUCCCUUCCCUCUACGACGGCCUGUCUGCUGGCCUUUCUCCCGCUGACCUACGCCGAUACGCACAAUUAUGACUUUGACAUCGGCUGGGUCAGGGCCAAUCCUGAUGGCGAGUUCGAGCGGCCGGUCAUUGGCAUCAAUGGCGCAUGGCCCAUCCCGAUGAUCAAUGUUACCGUUGGCGACCGUAUCAUCAUCAACGCCCACAACAGCCUCGGCAACCAGUCCACGUCGCUGCACUUUCAUGGACUGUUCCAGAAUGGCACCAAUCACAUGGAUGGCCCCGGUGGAGUUGUGCAAUGCGGCAUUGAGCCUGGAUCUACCUUUACCUACAACUUUACCGUGCAGCAGCCAGGUACCUACUGGUACCACUCCCAUUCUCACGGCCAAUACCCAGACGGUCUUCGAGGUCCUCUAAUCAUCAAUGACCCCGACUUUCCCUACCAGGAUGAGGUAGAUGAGGAGCUAGUCUUGACCCUCUCUGAUUGGUAUCACGAUGAGAUGCAGUACCUGAUCGACAACUUGUUCAUGGUCAAGUCAAACCCUUCAGGGGCUGAGUCAGUCCCAAAUAACGCUCUUAUGAACGACACUAUCGACUUCAAACUUCCUGUCAAGCCUAACACAACAUAUCGAUUUGAUGUCGUCAACAUGGGAGCCUUUGCUGGCCAAUACCUGUGGAUCGAAGGCCACACUAUGCGCAUUGUUGAAGUCGAUGGUAUCUAUACUGAGUCCGCCGACGCGGAGAUGGUUUAUCUCUCUGCUGCCCAGCGUGUGAGCUUCCUCCUCACGACUAAGAACGACACAUCAAAGAACUUCCCCAUUGUUACCAGCAUGGAUACAACCCUCUUUGAUGUCCUUCCAGACGACCUUAACUACAACAGAACUGGCUGGCUCGUUUACGACGACAGCAAAACCUUCCCCAACGCUAGUUUCGUCGACGAGCUCAACCCCUUUGACGAUAUGACGCUCAUCCCGUACGAUAGGAUGGAGCUCCUCCCCGAGCCCGACCGCAUCGUUCAGUUCGAUGUCAUGAUGGAUAACCUCCGCGACGGCAUGAACUACGCAUUCUUCAACAACAUCACCUACCAGGCCGCCAAGAUCCCUACUCUGUACACGGCCCUAAACGCCGGCGAGGAAGCCACCAACCCUGCUAUUUACGGUACAUAUACGCACUCUACGGUACUUGAGAAGGGCGAGAUUGUGCAGAUUGUACUCAACAACCUCGAUACCGGUCGUCACCCGUUCCAUCUCCACGGCCAUGCCUUCCAGGCUGUGUAUCGUUCCGAGGAAGAUGCGGGUACCUUUGAAGACCUCAACAUCAAAGAAAGCGGGCUGUCUCAGAUCCCCAUGCGCCGCGAUACCCUUGUCGUGUGGCCUACUGGUAACAUUGUGCUGCGAUUCAGGGCUGAUAACCCAGGUGUCUGGCUCUUCCAUUGCCAUAUCGAGUGGCAUAUUGUCUCUGGCCUCAUUGCCACCUUUGUCGAAGCUCCCCUCGACCUGCAAAAGACCAUCAGCCUGCCUAGCAACCAUCUUGAAGUUUGCAAGGCUGGCAAUGUGUCCACUGAGGGCAACGCCGCUGGAAACAUGGACUACCUCGACCUCACCGGAGAGAACCACCCCCCUGCUACUCUACCCCCAGGAUUCACACCUCGUGGCAUCGUCGCCCUGGUCUUCAGCUGUAUCUGCGGUAUUCUCGGCGUCGCUGUUGUUGGUUGGUAUGGAAUGUCUACCCCGAUCGAGGAGACUACUCCUGAGCAGAGCGUCCUGGGGAACGAGUCGAGCAGUGAUUCGCCUGCGGAUCAGCAGUAUCACGAUGACGCCGCAAUCACGGCUGCCCCUCCGAAUGCCGUGAGGGCAUGAUUGUUAGACAACUAGGACGAGAUCAACAGAGAGACAGGGAAUGGGCUCAUCUUCGCAUGGGAUGAUGUAAUGUUACAUUCGACCGCCCCGAGGGACUUCUAUUUAAGUGAUAAAAUUAAUGUCAUUCUUUGUACUUCGACUGUUCAUAUCUAUUCACAUACAUGCGCGUC